AUGUUACCCUCCAAACGGCUCUUCCCAGCUGAUGAAGAGCUUGGGAAGAAAGAUGACGACCACAGGCCCCAGACCCGUGCCGAGCAGCGAUGGCAGCCAGAGUCGUGGAAACUUCCUCGACGCCGGCGUCUACUUCUCAUACCCGUGAUAUUAUAUCUUCUCUUUAUGUUCUUUAAGAAUAUGCCAACAGACAUUGGCCCCGCUAGGGAUCGGUCGAAAUCUAGAUUCGCGCCAUCACAACAUAUCAUGCCUGGUACACCUCUUCCUCCGACGACGCCUCAGUCUGGUCUUCCUCCGGAUGACUGGAAAGAUACCGGAUAUAAUAAUAAUUUAUAUUAUGAGGGGAGAUUGCGAUUUUCCAACCUAGGGAAGAGUCUGAAACCUUUCCGGAGUCAUUCUGCAAAAAGCCCUUUCAACGCAACGGUAUUUGCAGCUGGGAGCUUGGGAAGCGUGUCAGAUCUUUUGCCCCUUGCAUGUCGCAUGGCGAACGAGAAGCUGAAUACAAUACACUUCGUAUUAAUGGGAAGAGACGAUAUAUCUAUUGAGAGAAUACAGCAAGUCAACGGCUUGGAUGAUGUGAAUUGCCCAAUCAAUUGGCAUGAUGCUCGUCCCGAGUAUGCUCAGUAUUCAACGGAUGGUCGCAUGGAGCAAGCCGUAGCUACUACACUACCCUACAUUAAGGCAUAUCUUCGACCCCAAGUUCUAAUUACACAAGGAGAUCUCUUAGAAGACUUGUUCUUUACACGAGGCAUACGGGAAUCUCAAAAUCUUGGAAUAUCACAUAUUGCCUUGCCUCGUGCGGCAAGAGAACUCAUGUGGAUGGCUACUCUUGACGGCUAUGCUCUUCGAAAUUGGAAUGAUAUACAUGUCGAAUUCCUCAUUUAUGCGGCUCCUGACUCCGCUGGGUCCAUCAUAAGAUUGAUCAGAUCUCUAGAACAUGCUGAUUUUCUUGGAUUCAGCCCUAGCCUAACAAUCGACCUACCUUCUCAUGUUGAUCCUGAACUUCUACGAUUUCUAAAGGGCAUGCAAUGGCCUCCCAACACGUCCAGCAAGAUUACUGUUCGCCGACGGAUCCGAUCACAUCGGAUAAGCCCCGACGAGGCCUCUGUACGCGCGGUUGAGGCUUUCUAUCCAAAAGACCUCACUCUCUCGCAUGUUCUUGUAUUAACACCAGAUAUGGAGCUAGCACCAUCAUUCUAUCAUUACCUAAUGUUUACCAUGCUAAGGUACAGAUAUUCGACCCGGUCAAGUAUGCUACCUUCCAGAUUGAUGGGAAUCUCGCUAGAACUUCCAUCAUCACCUCUCACCAAUAUCGAACAUUUAAAGCAGCCCCAAAUUGGCAAUACACGAUUUUUGGAUUACAACGCUCCAGACGCACUGCCAUUGUUCCUAUGGCAGGUGCCCAAUAGUAAUGCCGCGUUAUAUUUUGGUGACAAGUGGGCUGAAUUACAUUCUUUUCUCAGCCAACGGUUUGUGGAUAGAGAAGCAGAUUCUGGAGGCCCUCUGGAAGAAAAGCUUAUCUCAAAAAGGUAUCCUGCCUUUCUGGAACCCCUACUCGAACUCCUUCGUGCGAAGGGGUAUCAUCUGCUCUAUCCGGCCUUUUCUGAUAAAGGCCGGUUUUCACUUGCAACUUUCCACAACGAGCUGUCCCAGCCACCGGAGGAAUUCUUUCCGGACGGUCUCGAUGUUUCUUUUUCCGAAGCUCUUGGGAAGUCCUCGGCUCCUGAGAGACCACUAAGCAAGGCUUCUACUUUGAUGGCUCUUCUCGACACGUUCUCACUGGAGUUACCCGAUAUCACUCACCUACCCGUCCUGUCAUAUCGAGGAGAUGAAAUGUCAGAAUCUCUAUUUAAUCAAGAAACGGAGGAGUAUCGGGGAAAAUUCAAAGUGCGGUAUGGAGGUUGCCCAGAUGAUUCGAGGAACGGUGGGAGCCCGGAAGACUUGUUCUGCGAAGAUUAA